AUGGAGAAUCGCGAAUUAGUGAUUUCAGAACUCACUGAGGAUUUGGGUUUCACCAGCAGUGUUUGGGAAAUUUUUUCAGCUAAUAGAAUAUUUCAGAAAGUUAUUGUCCAUAAGCUCUUGACUGCCCCUUCUGCUACGGAAUUUCCACCGAACAAGCUGUCUUCCCGUUCCGAAGACAGUUGUUCUGUCUCAUCAGCAGAAGACGACUUGGAUAAGCCUGGAACUUCUUACGGUUCAGUUCCAAAUCCAUUAUCAAAACGCAAGCGCACAAAUUCGGAAUCGGACGAAGACGGCGAGUCAUGUCCCGAACCUAAAUGUUCUACUGAUAUUACUUUUUCUCCUAAAUUGCUGGAAGAAAUUUUGAGAAAAACCGAAGAGGGAAAAGAAAUUCUUGAACGUGCUCGAAGUGGCCCCUUGUCGGACCAGAAAGUCCGAAAGCUGACAGCCAUCGUUAUACAAUUUCAUUUGCAAACUUAUGGCUCGAAAAGGACAACGGCAAAGAUUUUGGAAGAUUACGACAAAGCUAUUCGCACGUUACUGAAGCACGAACCAAGAAACAUUUAUUACAUUCCUAAAAGCAGUGCCAAAACUUCCCCGGGUGGAACGCUAUCCAACAGGCUGGGAAAUAUCAGAAAGAAAAACAGGAACGAAGCGAAGCGAGAAGACCAACAUCAAAGAAAAAUUAGGAAGGUUGAUGUUGUUGAAACACCCUCUCUGGAAAGCGGCAACUCCAACACUUGGCUGCUGUUAAACCAGGAGCCGUGGACAACGGUGUUAGAGAAGUGGGAAAGUAGCUUCGAUUGCCGAAAGCAUUUACUGCGGUGCAGUCGGAAGAGUUUAACUCUACUGACCACCUACCAUCAUUAUAAACUGAACUCUGGUUAUCAACUGAUUGAUCUGGACUAUGAAAAACUGUUUGGCGAUGCCCAAAUUGGAAUGAGACACUUGGAAAGUAGUAGAAGUAACAUUGUUACGUAUAUUUCGGCCAAAGCACGCGAUCCUUCUGCGCCAGGAAUAGUUAAUCAUUUUUUUCAUUCAACUGCAUCCGAAGAUUCCAAAUGGUGUGCUGUGCUUAUUGGAUUAAAUACAAUACUGCUACCGAUUUCAACUGGAGCGCGAUUCAGACCAUCGAUUCAAGUGGCUCAAGAGGACACUAUAAUUUGGGCUGAAAACGAAUUUGAGAUAGGCGAACAAGUACAGAAAGUUUACGCUGCAUAUGCUGAAAGCAGAUUGCCAUUGACACCGAAGCUCGUUGCCGUUGGAAAAGACUAUCGGGACGUUCGAGGUCCUUUCUACGUUUAUUACCAUAGUUUUUAUUAUAAAUUUUCAACCGCGCUGCGUGCAAUUGACGUUCUUAUUAAGCUGACAGCAGUACUGGGAUUGCCGUUUUCUAAACUGUCCCAAUUAGUUUGGCAGUUUAUAAGUGCCUCAAUUUACGAGCUACCAAUAUCAGAGCGUUAUAUUAAUAUUGUGAGAUUAUCGAAACAUUUGAAAUCAACAAAAGCAUGAUGUACGCUUGCUUGAUAAUAGAUUGUUCGCGAAGCUUCGAGAGAGCUAGUUUAUAUUUAAAGCAUUUAAAAACUGACCACAGAGUGCCUGUGCACUAUCGCUAUAAAUGCACUUAUAAAGAUUGUAAACAAAUUUUUUCUGUAUUUUAUCCGUUCAAAAAACAUAUUAUGCGCCAUUCAGCAUCACAAACUGAAACAGGAUCCAUAAAUGUUGAGGAAACUUCUUGUUAUGAGACACAGCCCACUUCAAGUGGAUAUAACUCCACAGAAUGUCAGCAACCAAAAAAAUUAAAAACUUAUUCUGAUGUCAAUAUUGAUGCAAAAGAUUGCACUCUAAGCACCAAUUUAAAGUCCUUGGAAUCUGCAGCUGUAAACUUCACCUUACAAAUGCAUGCAAAACAUAACGUAACGCGCAAAGAUGUAUACAAUAUACAGAAAAAUGUAAACGAGCUACUUUCGAAUAUUGCAAUUUUAUUGGAAUCAUUAGAUAUGUACGCAUCUGAUGCAGAAACUGAAUUUGCAUUCAAGAAAUACUUGUCAAUAAUGAAGAAUUUAUUUUCGAACAUUAAUAGCGAUUACAAAUUGUUCAAAUAUUUGAAGAAAACUGAAGGACAUAUUCUCCCCACGAUACUUACUUUUGAAAACGAAGCGGUAGAGAAAAUGUCUCUUGAAAAUAACCUCGACUAUUCAGAUAAACCAAAUGAGCUUGUAAUCAUGCCGAUAAUGUACCAAAUCCAAGCGUUUUUCGCUUUCAAUGACUGCAUGGUCCUAAAAAUGACUUUAGAAAACACUAAUCAAUUGAUAAAAUCAAAAAGAAACGAAAAUUUUGUUAAUGGUUCUGUGUGGAAAAAUGUUCUAAAUGAGUAUGGUGAUCAUAUCGUUCUACCAAUCUUUGUUUACGGAGAUGAAUUUGAGAUUAACGAUCCCCAAAGCUCCCACAGUGGUCGUCACAACGUAUGCGGUAUUUAUUAUAGCUUUCCGACGAUUCCGGAACAUUUCCUUUCUCGACUGAAUCAUAUAUUUGUAGCAGGUAUGCUGAAGAAAACUGAUAUUAAGGACGUGGGAAUAAACAGAUUACUGUCAGAGUUAAUCGGAGUAUUUAGAGAAAUUGAACUGAAAGGCAUAGAGUUCAAUUUAGAUGGACGUACUGUGAAUGUAAAGUUUGUGCUGAGCCUCGUUCAGGGCGACAAUUUAGGCAUACACCAAAUGCUUAUGUUGGCAAGUGGAUUUAACGCCAACUUCUAUUGUCGGUUUUGCCGAAGGCCAAAACAGUUAAUGCAAACUGAUACAUCGGAACAUUCUGAAUACUUUCGUAACGUGCGAGACUACGAGGAAAAUUUAAAAUUAAAUAAACUAAGCGAAACAGGAAUUGCCGGAAAUUCUGUUUUCAACGGGUUGCCGAACUUUCAUGUGAUCGUUAACAAAAGUGUAGAUGCAAUGCACGACCUUUUUAGUAGCGGUAUUUGCAAACAUGGUCUCACGGAGAUAUUAGAUCAUUGUAUCUACAUAAAAAAAUACAUUACAUUGCAACAAUUCAACGAACGUAGAAAAAAUUUAAGUAGAAUGACUCUUGAUGAAGACUUGAAACGGAUGCCUGACGUUGGCGAGAGUUAUAUCCGUAAGGAAAAACGAAAGACUGUUGUAUUUAGAAUGACGUCAAGUGAGAUGCGUUGUUUUCUUCACUUUUUUCCUUUGAUAAUCGGCGAUCAAGUUCCCAGAGAUGAAAUAGUUUGGAAAUAUUGCAUCACGCUAGUUAAACUUGUGGAUGUAGCGUUAAAGCGUUCAUUCACACCUGAUGAUGUGUUCCGCUUGCAAAUGCUCAUACGAUCACAUCAUGAGAUGUACCAAGAGUUAUUCAAAAAAAACUUGAAACCUAAACACCACAUGGUCGUUCAUUAUCCGUCCGUUAUAAAAGCUUCCGGCCCAAUACGAUAUCUAAUGUGCUUUCGCAACGAGGCUAAACAUAAGGGUUUUAAGCAAUACGCGCAUAUGAUUUCAUCUAGGAAGAACAUUUGCUUCACUCUAUGCGUUAAGGCAAGCCUUCAGUUUACGUUUGAUCUAGCAAGCAAUAGUUUUUUUGAAAAUGAAUUAAAUUGUCACUUACAACUUUGUAACUUGCGCUUGCGUUAUUAUUUUACACAGAUCAUACAACCAAUAAGGCUUAACUUAAGUUUUGAGAAUUAUAAUUUGUCAACAAAUUUGAUUUACAAAGGAACCACUUAUAAGAAUGGGCAUUUCAUGACAUAUUUUUAUAGGGGCAAUAUGUUCCUGUUUGAAAUACUUGAAAUUGUUGUUCACGAAAAUAAUCCUCACCUCAUAUGCCAACACUGGAACGUUGGAGGCUACGAUGACCAUUUUUUAGCUUACGAAGCGCUUAACAGAAUCCCGAUUGUAGAUAUUUUUAAUAUUGAAUUUUUUGACGGACCACCAGUAUCGUUGAUAUUUAUUAGCAAAAAAAAUAUGUUUAGGGUAAAAAAUAGUUUCAAUAAUUGUUAUUAAUAAUGAAGAUUACAUGUAUAGAAAAACUGGAAAUUUAAUUUAUGUGAUGUAAUUUAUAAUAAAAAAGAACAAAAGAUAGUGAUUUAGUCAGUUUUAUUUCAACUAUUUAAAAUUAAAACUUGUCUUAAUUUUAUGAUAAAACCAUGGUCGAAUGAAAAAAAAAUGUGAAGAUUUGUUUGUAUAGGCUUUCAAUAGGUAUUAUUUUAUAACGAAAUUAUUAUAAACUUGUUUUUUUUUUUAUUUCUUCAUUAUUUGAAACAGCUAAUACCAUGAAGUCUUAAAGAGCCAAACUCGUUUUGUGUGUUUACAAUUCUUUUCUUCUUCUAGAUCAUCACUUUUUGAAGCGAACAAGAAAUAGAUAGGGAAAUAUGAAAAUAAAAUAAAAAUUACAGACGAAGUUCAAUGGUUUUUAGGAUUUGUUUGAACUGUAAAGUUUUUCUUUGAAAACUUGUCCUAGAAACAAAUUCUAUCAGCGUGAUAUUUUUUGUCAUAAGAAUAUGUACUUUCAUUCACAUGGUAAAGCAUUUAGCAUGGCGAUUGUAAUUAUACGUUAUAAAUUUCAUUUGAGAUGAUGUUUAAUAAACACUUGAAG